AUCCCAGAAGUGGGCUACGGAACUGUGCCAGACAGGGACCGCAGCAAGUAAACAAGCCUAUUCGACACAGUGAUAGCGGAAACGAAUUUAGGAUACAGUUGUUUUAUUGAUCGGGGCUCACGUUAGCUGCCGUACACGACACGGCAGUAAACCCUUGAGAAAACUGGAAUAUUAUUACAGUAUUUGUUUUCGCACGGGAAUAGACUCCUGAUAUGCGCAUUAUGCACUGCAUCACUUUCGAUAAUAUGGACGAUUUUACCCUCAACAUGGAGUACCUCAUAUGGGAUUUAGGUUGGCAUCUAUAGCUACAGUAGGACGUUAUUCCGUUGCAUUGGACUGAAAGCAGCUGUCCUUGAGCUCCAGGAUCAUGGGCCCCAUUAUGCAGGAACGCACUGCCUCCACGGCAUUGAAACGCGUUGUUUCCAAAGAGAAGAUACGUACGAAGAAUUCUGAAAAUAACGAACCGAUUACGAGUUCAAAGAAAGCUAACAAGGUGAAGAAGGCAGGAGCUCAGCUCAAGAAUGCCCUUCCAGGUCAGGAUAAGGACACUGUGUCGACAAUCCAGAGGGGCAUUCAUUCAAAGGGAAGCAGAGUCAAAUCUGGCACUACUCGAAACACUAGCAAACUGGCAAGCCCUCAAGAAGGAGGCUUGAAGUCUAAACCACACACACACUCCUCAACACAGAGGCAAGAGAAGCGAGAGGUUCAGCGAACGUCCCCAUGUUGCGGUGAGUUAGAUCAGAACCAUGGGGUACUGGGCCGAAGUCGGAAAGCUCUCUCUCUGCCCCUCUCCCCUAUACCUGGGCUGCGCCAGGGGCCAAUGCGGCUUCACACACACACUCAAGUCCCCACCCUGGAGUCCCUCAGGCAGUUUGAGCAGAAGGAAGUCGACUCGGACAGCGCCAGUGACCUGUCAGACUCAGAGAGACUGCCUGUACUCCCCUCCCCCUGUACCCCCUGCACCCCACCCCAUCUCAACCUCCGCGCUGAAGUGAUCAACUCCAGCGAUUUCCCCCCAGCCUUCCCAGGACCACACGGGGCCACGAGCGACAAUGACAGCGUCAGCUACAACUACCCUGACUUCCUGCCUCCUCCCUUCAAUACCUGGAGCCUACGCCAGCUGGCUGUGUUCCUCCACACGGAGGGCCGAGGCGCCCCUCGCCCCAAACCUGUGGGGCCCCUGGAGAAGUACCUGGAGAGGCUGCUGCAGUUGGAGUGGCUCCAGAUCCAGACUGUGCAGGCGGAGGCCUGCCGACCUGCGGGGGGCCGUCCUAGGGCCCUGGGCUUCCCCUCUGCCACCACCACGAACGCACCUCGGCCCCACACGGCACCACCCAGCCGCCUCAGCUCCCCCAAAGGCCUGCGGCAGUGUCAGCGCGCCUUCCCACUUGCCCCUCACAACCCCCCCUCGCUGGCAGCACAGCAGCUCUCCUGCCUCCCAGUCUGCCCCCAUUGUCACAUCCGCUACCCUCUGUGCAACGGGAGCUGCUCCUCCUAUGCCUACCAGCGCCACUCGCGCCUCAGUCCCCUUCUGGAGCGCCGAGCCAGGCCCGGGGUUCCCCCGAAGAGGAGCAGCAGUGAGAGCCGGGUCACUUCCUCUGAGCGUAGGGCUACAGGCUGCAGUGGAGGAGGACAGACUCCAGGUAGCCCCUCGGCAGGAAGAAGCCACGUCAGACACAUGCAGGCGGUUGGCAACAUCCGUAAACCCGCCCAGGAGCCAGGCACUAACGGUAAAGGUCAGGCCAGUGUGAAGAAAGGCCGCGCCAGAGCAAAUUCAGAAGCCGAGGUGAAGAAGGAGUCCAGUACGGCUAAGGCGGGAGUGGAGAAACACACACACUCUGGAAGUAAACGAGAGGCUAACACCAUCAAGAGGGUCGAGAAAGACAGUCAGAGGACAGAAACAGGAAGUCAGGCAUCUAAAAGUGGGGUUAAAAGAACAGUAAAAGAGCCACUCUCUCUCUUCAAGGCACCGUUGUCUGCCAAAGCGAAUGGAAAAGCAAAGAAUGUUCACUUUAUUGCAAAGUAACCACAUUUCCUGGCUCAGUACAGGAGCUUAAAGUUAUGCUUGAUAAAGUUCUAUAUAAUAUACAGUGCCGUCAGAAAGUAUUCAUAUCCUUUUACUUUUUGUCAUGUUACAGCCUGAAUUCAAAAUGGAUUAAAUAUAUUUUUUCUCUCACCCAUCUACAUAAAAUGCCCCAUAAUGACAAAGUGGAAACAUGUUUUUCGAAAUGUUUGCAAAUGUAUUGAAAGUUAAAUACAGAAACAUCUCAUUUAUGUAAGUAUUCACACUCUUGAGUCAAUGGGGCUCCCAAGUGGCGCAGCGGUCUAAGGCACUGCAUCUCAGUGCAAGGGGCGUCACUGCAGUCCCCCAUCAUUGUAAAUAAGAAUUUGUUCUUAACUGACUUGCCUAGUUAAAUAAAUAAAAAUACAUGUUAGAAUCACCUUUGGCAGCAAUUUACAGCUUUGAGUCUUUCUGGGUAAGUCUCUAAGAGCUUUGCACAUCUGGACUGUAAAAUAUUUGCACAUUAUUAUUAUUAUUAUUUUUAUUUUUUUAAAUCUCUGUGAAGUUGGUUGUUGAUCAGUGCUAGACAGCCAUUUUCAAGUCUUGCCCUAGAUUUUCAAGCCGAUUAUAAGUAAAAACUGUAACUAGGCCACAAUGUCGUCUUGGUAAGCAACUUUUAGGUUAUUGUCAUGCUGAAAGGUGAAUUUGUCUCCCGGUGUCUGUUGGAAAGCAGACUGAACCAGAUUUUCCUUUUGGAUUUUGCCUGUGCUUAUCUAUAUUCUGUUUAUUUUUAUCCUAAAAAGAACUCCAUCGUCCUUGUCGAUGACAAGCAUACCCAUAACAUGAUGAAACCACCACCAUCAUGCUUGAAAAUAUAGAGUGGUAUUCAAUGAUGUGUUGGAUGUGCCACAAACUGAGUUAGGAAGGACGCCUGUAUCUUUGAAGUGACUACAUUGUGACUACACUGUAUUGAUACACCAUCCAAAUUGUAAUUAAUAACUUCACCAUGCUCAAAAGGAUAUUCAAUGUCUGUUUUUUAUUUUAUUUGUAUCUACCAAUAAGUGCCCUUAGCAAGGCAUUGGAAAACAUCCCUGGUCUUUGUGGUUUAAUCUUUGUUUGAGAUUCCUGAACUUAUUUAGGCUUGCCAUAACAAAAGGGUUGAAUACUUAUUAACUCAAGCUUUUCAUCCGUAAUUAAUUUGUAAAAAUGUUCUAAAAACAUAAUUCCACAGUGAAACAGGCUCUGCCAGUGAUACAAAAUCUUAAUUUAAUCCAUUUGAAAUUCAGGCUCUAACACAACAAAAUGUGAAAAUGUCAAGGGGUGUGAAUACUUUCUGAAGGCCCUGUAACUGUUUUACUGCUGUUUAAAUCACUACGCUAGCUGUUUGCAACUUUCAAAAGGUCAAAUAAAAAAUAUAUAAUCAUCUAUUUCAUGUAGACUUGAUUUUAAGUGAUACUUUAAUAGGUCAAAGAAUAAAAACAUUGCCAACAUGUUGUACUGUAACAAUCUUGCACUGUAACAAUUUUGGUUUGGCCAAUACAUGCAAGCCUUUACAUGGAGCUUGGACCAUGAUAUCUGAUAUUAUGAUCUAAUGUGUGGAGCAAGAUUUUUUUCCAGACAUGUUUAUUUCAGACUGUAAUCAAUUCAGGCUUUUAGGCAAACUGAAGACUUUGGGCUCAAGGCACUUUGCACUGUACAGCCAGUUUUGUCAGUACAGGUUAUUGAUGUUGAAAAGUAGACAACAUAUAGGCCUAUUAUUAGUCAACCAUUAAUUAUUUAGUCAGCAAGUAGGCUGAUCCACAGAGCCUGAGGUUCACUCAAAAUAGCCAUCAUCACCAGUCUAGUGGAGCUGUUUCUGGUGUUGGAAUGUAUUUAUUCCUUUAUUCUCUCACUGUAUGUUUUUCCUUUGUUGCUUGACCAUCGUGUAUCUUUCUUUGGUGCCUCAUUUGUUUCUGUGUCUAAGAGUUUAUGGUUGAAUACGGGGAGAGACACACUUUGAGAUAGUUGGAAUGAUGGUUUAUUGGUUCAAUAUGAAUGAUAUACUCUAUUCAAGGUAUACUUGUGUAAGGGCUUUCUCUUGUUUGAAUAGACUUUAAUUGACAUUGUCUAUUACAAGUAUAAUUUGCAUAGGGCUAAGCUCUUUUUUUUGUUCCAGAGAGACAGUCUAAUGUUUGCUACGAAUGUAAAUGCAUAUUUUUCCAAAUUUUGUACACCAUAGUUCUAUUUAUGAUAGAUAUUGUGUUAAUCACAUUUUGAUUCGCAUUUGUCAUUGACAUUUAUGUUUACAGUUUUGGGUAGGAAAAAUGUUAAGCAAAAAAGCUGAAGGUAUAUUGUUUUGCAUAAUUUAACAGUUAUUCCAUUUGUUUACAUUAGAACGUCUAUCAAUGUAUUGUACUUUAUGUGGGAUUUAUUCAUUGAAACGCUACAUACAUGUAAUAGUCGUACUGUGUUAAAUUGCACUUUAUUUAUUCAAUAUUAAUGUAAAGUAUCUAAGCCAUAGAUCAGGGAGUAGAGUUGUCAUAAACAUUCACACGCACACAGAAAGUGGUGCAUAUUUUCUCAAUGUUGAAUGCAGUUGUUUGUAAGGCAUAGAAAUAAAUAUGCUUUGCACUGAA